AAACAUGCUUGUCAGUAUUCUCAUAAUCCAGUACUGCUAUAUUGCAAGAACACAUGAGCCCCAGAGCAAAAUGUAAGAUAACAGAUUCAGCCAGUGAAAAAGAAUGUUCUUUGCAAGUACAAGUUGAAGUUUUCCAGAAGAAGAAUCAGAAUCCCUGAACAUGUGCUGGAUUUGGAGAAGUGCAGUAGAGACAUAUGAACAGAAGUGAAAUGAAAUGAGAUUUAUUAUGGUCAACGAUGAGCACAGAACAGAAAUGGGAACCAACCCUCAGACAUGUAGAAAAGGAGGUUUUGAUUCCAAAGAUGAUGAGAGAGAAGGCCAGGGAGCUGUGUUCUGAUAAAGUGCAAGAGAGCACAGAACUGGAAGCUGGGCUGCUUGCUUAUGGAGAACUGGUGUCAAAAGCCUUUACCAAGUGUUGUCAAGAUACAGGUUUUCUGAUGGUGGUCAAAUGCCGAGAGGAAAAUGCUGCACUGAAAGAAUGUCUUACUGGCUACUAUACUGAUCCAACAUUUUAUAAAGAGUGUGAGGCUAAAUACUUGAAGCAAAGGGAAGAAUACAGAGCAACAGGAAUCCGUCCUUCACAAAAGCAACAGAGGCUUCCCACCAGCAUGUAAUCAAGUAGUACGCAUUUUUAUGGGUUUUUUAAAAAACAAGAUUUGAAACAUACACCUUUAAAUAAUGGUUCUGCAAUGGAGCUUUUCAACCUGAUUGUGUUAAAAUUAAAGGAGUGUGAAUGUUAUCAUACUGUAAAUAAUGUACCCAAAUAAAAGAAUUAUGACUACACAAAGAGAACUAAAUGCAAGUCAGUUAUGAAAUUGAAUAGAUGUAAUUCUUCUGCUACUAUCCAAUAUGCAGACCUGAAGGACAUUGUCAUAUCUACAGACUACUUAUACUGAAGUAUGUAUAUAGUAAUUUAUUUCAGGAUACUGCUUAUUAAAAAAAUCUCUACCUGA